UGCCSGGUCCCGCGGCGCGACGCGGAGCGGGUCCCAGCGCCAGCGCACGCCCCGGCGCGUUACGUGGCGCGGGGUCAUGGCAGGGAGCGAGCCGCGCAGCGGAACCAGCUCCUCGCCGCCGCCCCCGAGCGACUGGGGCCGCCUGGAGGCGGCCAUCCUCAGCGGCUGGAGGACGUUCUGGCAGUCGGUGGGCAAGGAGAGGACCGUGCGGACGGCCUCCCGAGAGGAGGCGGACGAGGACACCAGCACCUUGACGCAGCUGCCGAUUGAUGUCCAGCUAUAUAUUUUGUCGUUUCUUUCACCCCAUGAUCUGUGUCAGCUGGGAAGUACAAAUCAUUAUUGGAACGAAACUGUACGAGAUCCAAUUCUGUGGAGAUACUUUCUGUUGCGGGAUCUUCCUUCUUGGUCUUCUGUUGACUGGAAGUCUCUUCCAGAUGUAGAAAUCUUAAAAAAGCCUAUAUCUGAGGUCACUGACAAYGCAUCUUUUGAUUACAUGGCAGUUUAUAAAAUGUGCUGUCCACAUACCAGAAGAGCCUCAAAAUCCAGCCGCCCUAUGUAUGGAGCCGUCACCUCCUUUUUACACUCAUUAAUCAUUCAGAAUGAACCACGAUUUGCUAUGUUUGGACCAGGUUUGGAAGAACUGGAUACAUCUUUGGUGUUGAGCUUGAUGUCUUCUGAGGAACUCAGUCCAACUGCUGGUUUGCCUCACAGGCAGAUUGAUGGUAUUGGAUCAGGAGUCAGUUUUCAGUUGAGCAACCAACAUAAAUUCAACAUCCUGAUAUUGUAUUCAACUACCAGAAAGGAAAGAGACAGAGCAAGGGAAGAACAUACAAGUGCAGUCAACAAGAUGUUCAACUUACAGAGUGAUGGAGAUGACCAACAGGGAAACCGGUACGUUGUAAUUCCACAGAUCCAGAAAGUGUGUGAAGUUGUAGAUGGGUUCAUCUAUGUUGCAAAUGCUGAAGCCCAUAAAAGACAUGAAUGGCAAGAUGAAUUUUCUCGAAUCAUGGCAAUGACAGAUCCAGCUUUUGGAUCUUCAGGAAGACCAAUGCUGGUUUUAUCUUGUACUUCUCAAGCAGAUGUAAAAAGAAUGCCCUGUUUUUAUUUGGCACAUGAGCUGCAUCUCAAUCUUCUAAACCACCCAUGGAUGGUCCAGGAUAUGGAGGCUGAAACUUUAACUGGUUUUUUGAAUGGCAUAGAGUGGAUUCUUGAAGAAGUGGAAUCUAAGCAYGCAAGAUGAUCCUUCUUUUAGACCUUGGGAACUGAAACCAUUUGAAAUUUGUUACUAAGGUCAUUAUGUGUAUAUUUUCUCAGACAUCUACCUUUGUCCUACCUUUUGUAGGUGGGCUUUAUAUUGUACAGCUGCAACAGUUGUAUWUUUAUAUUAUGUUUACUUUUAACCUUAAAUCAAUUACAAGAAGAGUUUCAAUCCUAGUAUUUAACCCCAAAUGAACCUUUAAAUUUUUUGAUAAAUUUUAUAUUUUAUGUCUUUACAAAAACAUUAAAUUCUGGAAAAAAAA